UCCGUUUUGGAGAGAGACAGGGAGUUCUGUGUUCCUCUGGGACAGGGUUUGGGGGAGUGUUUACAUUUCUAACCUUACUCCCUGUCAGCAUGCCACGUAAUACACACACACACACACACACACACUCUUACUUACCUGCAGCCAUGGUGGAAGAACAGAUUUCUCCUCUGAAGGAUUUUCUAAUCACUUAUAUCAUGCCGGAAAAGUGUUAUGAGCAUCUGUUCCUCCGUCUGAACCUGAAACACGGGCCGUGUAUGAAGAUUAUUCUGAAUAAGAUCUUGAGUGUGUGGAUGCUGGGAGAGCUCAUAGCACCAUUGCUCCAGAUCUGGGUGGUGGUGCAGGACAGCAGUGCUCAGGGUCUCAGUUUGGUGUCUGUGGUUCUGCAGCUCCUCGCUGUCUCAGUUCACACAGCAGCCUGCAUACUGCACAAAUUCCCCAUCGGGGCCUAUGGAGACAGUGUGUUUGUAUUGGUCCAGUUUGUGUUACUGGUUUUCCUUAUCCAGUAUUACAGAGGGAAGACCGUUACAGGCUGUGUUCUCCUCAGUGUGUAUUCCGGUGUGAUGUACCUGUUGACCUCAGCUGUGACCCCUGAAGUUGUUGUCAUGGCAAUGCAGGAGUGGAGUGUUGUGUUCGUCAUCAGCGGUCAGUUGAUCCAGGCAGGCUGUAAUCUGACCAGUGGUUCCACAGGGCAGCUUUCUGGGGCAAGUGUGUUUCUGGUGUUUCUGGCAUCUCUGGGACGCACCUUCCGAUCCACACAGGGGUUUCUCUCUCUCCUCUCCUCCUGCUGCUCGCUGCUCCUCUUCAUUCAGACUCUGAUUUACAGAAAAACAACCACCAGAGAGACAACAAGGAGAAAGAAAGAGGAGUAAAGAGAGAGAGGGGUGUGUGUGUGAGAGAGAGAUGGUGGUGAGAGAGAGAGAGAGAGAGAGAGAGAGAGAGAGAGAGAGAGAGGUGUGUGUGUGAGAGAGAGAUGGUG